UGAAACCUUUCUAGAGAGUCUUAAGUCUGCAGCGAUCCGAAGAGCCGAGACGUUGCGAGGGACUUUAAAGCUCACUGAGGCUGUUGGUGCUGUGCCCCCUUCAAUAAUAAAACUGAAGGACCUGUUGGAGAGCAAGGUGAAGAUUUUCCAAAACACUGAGUCCGGAAAGGAGCAGAUAUCGGACGUCAUCAUCAACAGACUAGCAAUUCUGAAACCACACAUUGACCAAACCCAGGAGUUCUCCCAGCAUUUGAGAGACCUACAAGAGAGGACAGAACAAGAAAUAAACAGAGCAGACCAACACCUUGGUGAGGUGAGGAAGCAACAGAAACACCUGGGCUUUGAACUGAAAGUCUUGAAGGCCCAUCUUUCAGAAACCGAGACCAGGCUGUGGAAAAGUGAAGCCUCUGAGGAGACAGUGGAGCUGGUGAGAGAGAGGCAGAUUGUAAAGGAAUCCAUUGACAACAAGGAGGUGCAGGUUUUUCAACUGAGGCAGCAGGAAGAAGCUCUGACAGUACUACAGGAAAUGCUUGGAGAAGAUAUGCAGAGAUAUCGGGAGGAGGCUGGUCAUCUUCAGAACUUCUCAGACAAAGUGUCCAGAGUGAUGGAGGAAGAGAGCUGUCUGGGAACUGUUGGCAAGGACACUAGAAGAAUCUCAGAAAAUGGCACUUCUAUUCUGCAUGAGGAAAACGUUAGCCUGGAGUCAUCCCGUAGUCAUGCUCAUCUCCCGAAACAGACAGCAGGAAGCCUUCCUCCUUGUUCUCUUAAAGAAAGCAGCACCUCUCAUCAAAAUGGAGAUGAGAGCCCCGUCAUAUCAAAGUCUCCUCUUAAUAACCAAACUGUUAACUGUAAUGGAAAAUCCUAUUUCCAUUCUGAGCCUGGCUCAAAGGCUGGUACUACUAACAAAAAUGCUUCUAUCAUGAAAGUAACGGGUUUGAAAAGAUCAGGCAGCGUUAAAGAGCUGAUUCAUAAGUUUUCUGGCAAUGAGAAUGCCAAAAUAUCCUCAUGCUUAUCUCCAACUGGUGACCAUAAGAUGGAACGCAAGUCCUCAGAAAAGAGUUGCUCAGACUCGGAAUUGAUGGAAGAGAGCAAGACGAGACCAGAGACAUUUAUUUCCACUUGUAGUGAGAGUGACAAAGGGACACUAAACAAGGAGAGGACAACCGAGGACAAUAAGAGCCCACAGCCUUCCUUCAGAGUGAUAUCUGCCCCGUGCCAAACAAUAUUUGAACAAAAGCACGCAACACAAGAUGGAUCUUGUGAAAACCUCCCUGUGGCCAAUGACUCUACAAAUGUCACUGUGGGCCAUGAUACUUCCCAGAAUAAUGACAGUCUCCCCAGUGCGUCUAUGGAAAAUGCAUUGACACUAAAGGAACCACAGACUGAUUCAUAUAAGAAACCAGAGAGGUCAUCAACCGGAAGUCAGUCAUCCAACUCUAAAGCCAACCAAAACCCCAUAUAUAAAUUGUUUCUUGGUGGUGAAGGGUUAGAAAACAUUUCCAGAAACACAGACAGCAGAGCAAGCGAGAAUGGACAGAAUGGAAACAGUCCUUACCUGGGUCUGACCAAUAAUUUAGACAGACCAAGUUCCCGAUUGGGCUCGAUGGAAUCCCUUGCUUCAAGAGACUGGGAUACCAUGUCAGAUAAGCUGGGUGGCUCAGACAGUCCAUCUCGAGGAUUCAAUAGUCCCUAUAAGAACAUAGCUUUGGACUAUGAUCGACCCUUUAGAGUGCUUGAUUAUAAGGAAGGCCUGUCUCCUUCCACAUCUGAGAGCAACCUCUACUCACCCUCCUUCAACAGUACGAGCAGCAGCCCAGUUCCUUCUCCCACAGUCCUGACCCCGCGCAGCCGCUUCACUGGCUACGACUCCCUCACCAGGGUCAAAGGGACAAUAUCAUCUCUGUCUUCAAUGCGACCUGGAAUGCAGAGGAGAGAUUAUAUUGAGGAGCUCACAAGGCUUUUAGACACAUGCCAAAAGAGAAACCAGUUUCUAGAGGCAGAGAGUAUUGAGAUGAACAAGGAGAGGAACCAGAUCCGUUAUGAGAUGAGAGGAAUCCUUGUGAACAACGAGGACCUGCUCAGAACCAACACUCAGAUGCAAGGAGAGCUGAUGAGACUGAGGGAGAGGAUAAUGGAGCUGGAGAGAGAAAACACAAUGAUGAAUGAGCGAUUUUCACAGCUGGAGUCUGAACUUAGAGAGGCAAGAGAAGUGAUGGUCGAGGCCAAUGCUCAGGAAUAUGCUUUCAACUUCUUACAGCAGUCUUUAAAGAACAAAAUACAAGAUGCUGAGGAAAACCUGGGCAAACAGAACCAGCAUGCUCAAAGCCUGUCCGAGAAACUGUGGCUUGCUGAAAGAAAGCAAGAAGAGUAUGAACAACAGAAACAGGACCAAGAUAAGAUGAUCAUGGAACUGAACAGCAAAUUGCUCCGCAUAGAGACUGAGCUGGCAGAGGCCCUGCAAGCAGCAAGCCAGGCCACAGCAGAGCUGAAUCUGCACCAGAAGCUGAAGGAUGAUUCCCAGCUCCGUAUGAAAGAGCUGGAGGAGGGUGUUCUGCAGAAAACCCAGGAGCUGCAGAGGGCUCAGCAGACUGUCAGCCGUUUGCAGGGCGAGGUGUCCGACAAGCUGUUCGAUAAGGAAAAGACUCUAGAGGAGGAGAUCCAACUGAGAGAGCGCUUGCAGCUCCAGUGCAAACAGGCUGAGAGGAGCCUAGAGGACCUACAGAUGGAGCUCCAGACCGCAGCACAGAGCAAGGAGGAACUCACCAGACAGCUCAGGCUGGCUCAGGAAAAAAUUAUUGAAUUGGAAGUCGACUUGGAAGAAAUGCAUGAUGCCGAACAAAGGUGGGCAAGCAAGCACAAGAGAGCCGUCGAACAGAAUGAGCAGCUUCAGCUGAAGAUGAUACAAGAAAGAGAUUUGAGGGAACAGGUGGAGUGUGAGAAAACAGUGUUGGAGAGACAGAUCAGGGACCUGCGUGUUGAGCUGCACGAGCUGCAGAACUCAAGAGUACAAGAGGAGGUCGUGUCUCGAGCUGAGAUCAGGGUGAAGGAGCUGGAGAGUUCCUUGAGAACUGAAGAGAGGAAUAAAAUUGUGCUGACUAACAAUAUCGGGAAGCUGGAGAGAAAGAUUAAAGAGUUAACCGAUCAGCUCGAGGAGGAUCACAAGCUGGCUGAAGAACAGAAGGAUCUGAUGGCCCAGAGAAUAAGGUCUCUGAAGCGCCAGCUGAAUGAAGCUGAGGAGGAGAUGAGCCGGCGAGACACCCAGUACAGACAUACCCAGAGGGAGCUGGCAGAGGAGCGUGAGACUAACAGCCGCCUUCAGAGACAGCUCCUGGACCAGCAGAUCCAGCUCAAGAGAAAGGAGUCAGUGAUGGUGAGACAAACCCUGAGCUCACUGAAGCUGGACCUGGACAGCCAGGAUGAAGAUGAAGAGCUAUCAAAAUAGACCAAUUAAAAAUCCCAAAAAAGUGCCUGUUGCCAACAAUGGCAGUCAUCUGGACUUCCACUGGACUUAAAAUACAUGUACAGUAUAUAGUAAACAUUAACAUAGGAAAACAAUAUUUUAUAGAUUCUCCAACAUUCUGGAUUGGUACUGUAAUAUCUUCAAAUGAGUUACAGUAUGAGCACAUUAUUAGUUUCAUAGAGCCGUCCGUGUCUUAUUUCAAAAUCAUCAUUUACAAAGUGUGAUGCAGAAAUCCAUUUUUCUUAUUGAAGAUAACACCAUUGUGGGGCACUCACUUCAUUAGAUCACUCUCCCUCACAUAAAGGCAAUUGAUCAUUUCCCUAUGUCUUCUAUUAGCUGGUUAUUUAUUUUGUGUGUUACACAAGAAUUCAUCUUAAUCUGGGUCUGUAAUUAUAAGCAGAUUUUCAGUACUUGUAAAAAUAUCCUAAAUUAGCCCUACUGUGCUCAUUAAGUACUAUUUUAACACUUACUUUUAUUAUUUAUAUCUUUAAUAAAACUUGUAGAGGAGGGAUUAACUAAUCUUCUGUAAGGAAAUGCUUAAAAUGUAUAAAAAAGUAGCUGAGGAAUAAGAAAGGGAGAUAUUUUGUUCUAACUGAGAAAUGAGAAUAACACUGUAAGUGUAUUUCAGCUUUCAGAGUGAUUUGCCUGAAGAGAUUUGCCUGUGAACUGUUUUAGACUGGCUGUAUAUUGUAUUUCCUGGACACCUUUCUCACUGGUACAGAAACCCUUGUGGAGUUAUUGAUAAUAAUUUUAUAUCAAUAUUAGAACAAUUAUUAUCAUUUUAACAUUAAGAGCUUUUUAACAUUACAAAUAAGCUUGCUUGUGUAUUCAUUUAAAACAAAUGUCUACACUGUGUGUUAAAGGUGUUACUUAGUUAAAGUUGCCCUACUCAAACCCACUUCCCCCUGAUAAAAGCUACAAUUUUCAACCUUUUGUCUGUCAGCAAUGGACUGAGCUCAACACAGAACUCAUAAAAAAGUUACAUUUCUCAACUACAUGUUGAAUUCCUUGUGUAUGGCAACCUUUUGAAGUUUGCGGUUGAGUUAGAAACUUAUCGUUAUAGAUGAUAAAUAAUUUUUAUAAUGAGUUUUUUUACACACACUUUUACCCCAUUUGGGGUACUUUCACAUAAGCAAAUUUCAGCUUUCAUUCCAGUCACUUGAGUGGUUAACGAGAAUUAAGAAAUAUAUGGAGAGAAUCAUGAAAAGCGUGAGAAUACUCAUCUGUUCUGUUUUUAACACCUCUUCUUAUAUACCAUAUUGUUAGAAAUGUCAAAAUGGUACUAAAGGUAGACUUUUCUGCACUGACAGUCAACCUUACACUUUUGUUUUGAAUAUCCAAAUUAGUGGAUUUCAUACCAGGCAAGUGAACAUUCGGUUUACACCACCUGCUGCAGUGACAUGCCAUAGAGGUUUUGUUUUCAGUUUUAUGCCUGUUUUUAAGUUUUAUAACUAAUAUUUUGCAGGUUAUAGUUAGUCCUUCAAUGUUGGUGUCUAUGGUUAUUUUAUUUUUCUGUGUUAUUUAAAUACUGUACAUUGAGCGUGUGGAAUUAAGCUACCAAAUGUGCUGUAUAUAUUAUUUUGGUGCUGGUUAACCUUGUGUGUUGGAAUGUGUGGUUGAUCUCAUUUGUGUAUUUUUUUCUCUUUGGAUAGUGGAGACAAAAACUAAUCUUCUGCACUUUCAUUAUGCCAAAUGUGGGGAAACUUUAAAGUUAAUAGACAAGGCCAACUAAAAAAGCUCUGUGAAGUUUAAAUACAUUCAGCUGCAUCUCUUAUACGUUACAUGUUGUUAAGAAACAGUUAUUCCACUGCUAUUGCUUUUCUGAAGUGCCUAAGAAUACAGCUCAGUUGUACGUAACUUUUUUAGAUAGUUUCAGGGUAAAAGUUCAAUUAACUUUUUUGGAGGAAAAAGUGAGGUAAAUAUGGGAUGAUACUAAUUUGAAGUCCGUGAUGCAAAUCAAAUGUCUUUCUCUGCAGGUGUUGUCUUUUCGCUAAAAUAGUCACCAUCCUAAAUAGUUUUCUUACCAAUUAAUGAAGCAUCCUUGAGGGCAAAGACCUCAGAGGGGCUAAUGAAAUGACACAGAGGGUGAUGUAAUAAAACUCUAUACAUGUUAUUGAUUAACUGUGAGCAGGUACAUUUGCUAAAGGCGUCUGCUACAGUAUCAUUACCAUCUUUUAUUCGAAAUGUUAAUUGGAACUCAUUCGUUCUGGUUUUUAAAAUAGAACCCCACUGCACAAUCAGAUUGUUUAAAUUGCACUGAGCCCACUUUUGUCAUACAUUUUUGGACUGCUGUUUUAAAAGUUGAAUUGAAUUAUUUGCACUAUCCACGCCAUGAGGAGCAGCGAUUAAAGAUAAGUAAAAAAAAAACUGGAUAAUGCUCAACAGCUUCAUGAUAGAGAUGUUUUGCUGUCUAUCUUGUAAUUUGUUGUUCUUUUUUUUGUCAUAAAUGCACUUUAGAGUAGUUUUAAUGGAGCUUUAAGCUCUCUGUUGUUUGAGAUGUACAGUACAUACUAUAUACAGUACUAGUAUAUCUAUCCAUGGAGAUAAAGUAGUUUAGUUUGGUAAAGAAUUAGUUAUACAGUGCAGGUAUUGAUGAACGGUCUAACAGUUUGUAAAUCAGAAAGCCUUGCAAAGCUGGGAUUUUUCUGCUCUGCUCCACAGAACACAUUUUAACAAUUUAUUUAGAAUGUUAUUGUUUUACUGUAUAAUAUUUACCCUGCUUCGUGUUUCAUGUACAUUCAGAACUAAAUUAUUUUAAAACAUUUUAAACUUUUAAAAAGUCUUGUGCAUAGGGCCAUAUCUACAGUUCAUCCCAUUAUUUGUCAUGAAAUACGUUUUGGUUUCCUGCCACAUUCAGUAUUUGUUUCCCAAGACUUUAUUAACAUUUUGACCAUCAGCCCAUCAGCAUGUUUCAGGUAUGAUUUUGGUAUAAUAAGCAUGAAUUGCUCAAAGGCCAAUGAUAAUACCAAAAAAGACCGUGAAAUACUGUUGAUAUUAUAUAUGUUGAUACUUUAAGCCUACAAAAUAUUGCACAAAUGUUUCUUUUAAAAAAUCAGGAAUAAUUAUAAAGUCCAUGUAGAAAAAUAUUAUAUUUUUCUAUAUAGUAUAUUUGGCUUUUUUUUCAUAUAGUAAUUAUGACUGGGCCUUGGUUUUGUAAAUAGAGUCCCUGCCAUUAAAUUUGUGUUGAUAAUAUUUCCCUACUGGAUCAAUGAUAAUGUGGUCAAAAAGCAAUAUUUUUGUCCAUGGCUGAUUUUGUGUAGACAAGAGGCUGUGUUUACUUGAAUGAGAGGUAUAGAUCCUUUCUUAAUGUUCUCUGAUUUUAAGGCAACAGUCUUAACCCUCCUUUAUAAGAAUAAUUCUUAUAUGUGCUGAGAAUAGAGAAAACAUAAAAGCAUGUAAAAUUAUUUCACUUGCAUUCUCAUCUUUUCAUUUGAAAGGUCUAUUUUUAAAUGUAUUUAUUCUUUUAUAAAAUGUACUCUUGGUGAAUUGAAAUAAGCUGUUAUAUAGAAUAUCAUUAUUAAAACCCGUCUGCUGU